UAAUCGAUACGAAUCUACCAUCUCCAUUUGGCAUAUUGUUGUUUAUAAAAAUUUGCCGAAAGGCAAAACAAAAUUCUUUCGUAAUGCCGCCAAGUAAACUCGACAGCCUAUAUCGGCGAAUGCUGAUAACUCGAUUCUUCGAGAAAGGAUGGGGGAAACCUGAGAACCUACGUAGAGUAUUUCAGUUCCGUAAAAUAAUCUCCAAUAGAGAAAGUUGCUUUAAACUCGUACCCCGCGACUAUCCAGUGGAGAUAACUAAAAAGGAAAUCUAUGCGGAGAGCACCUUAAUAGAGGGCAAAUUCAUAUCUCCACUGGAGUUACAUUUACCAGGAGUUGUGCCCAAGGCCUCGAGGAACGCAUACUUUCAGCUGUUGUUACCCAACACUUGGAAGAACGAGCAGCAUAAACCGAUAUGCAUACAUCUAGCUGGAACUGGAGAUCAUUUUUUUUGGCGGCGAAGAAAUUUCAUAGCGAAGCCGCUGCUCAAAGAUGCCAACAUUGGAUCCAUCAUAUUGGAAAACCCAUUUUAUGGGUUAAGAAAACCAGAGGAUCAAAAACGUUCUAAUCUACAUAAUGUGUCGGAUAUAUUCGUAAUGGGAGGAUGUCUUAUCCUUGAAUGCCUAGUACUACUGCAUUGGUGUGAAAGGAAUGGAUUCGGGCCUCUCGGAGUGACUGGAUUGUCCAUGGGAGGACACAUGGCAUCUUUGGCGGCUACAAAUUGGCCUAAACCUCUGGUACUUGUGCCCUGCUUAUCCUGGUCCACGGCAUCGGCAGUGUUUACAACUGGUGUCAUGAGUCAAUCCAUUAACUGGGAUAUGCUCGAGAUGCAGUAUUUCUCGGACGGACAGUACCGCGAGCGUCUGUCCAAAAUGGUGACGGUGAUCGAUGACGCGUUCGAGGCGGGUCAGCGGUUCAUUAAGAACUUUAACCAAUCUCUGCACGAGCUGAAGGAGGACAUAAAUGAUACUAGAAAAAUCCAAGAACUGAACAGCGACACCGUCGGCAAUAACUAUGAAACCAAAAAUACAAGCUCAAAAGAUGGCAGUAAUUCGAUAUUCCUAUCAAAGUCGCUGCAAAACAUUAAACUUGACUCUGGAAAUUUGACAUUGCCAUUGAAGGAGGAACCCAGUUCAAAAAUUGUGCCCGUUUCGACGAAAGGCUCCAGCUCGACAUUGACCAACCUUAUGAAGUACAUUUUGCCCCUGGCGGCGCAACAAAAAAGUGAUAAAAUUGACAUUACCAAAACGAAUUGGUGGGAGCGCGAGGCUCUGCAGUUCAUGCGGGGCAUGAUGGACGAGUGUACGCACCUGAAGAACUUCUCCGUACCAUUCGACACCUCGCUGAUAAUUGCCGUGUGUGCCAAGGAGGAUGCGUAUGUGCCGCGAGAGGGCUGCUCCAGCCUCGAGGAUAUAUGGCCGGGAGCAGAGGUGCGAUAUUUGGAUGCUGGUCAUGUGAGUGCAUAUGUCCUACACCAGAAACUAUUCAGAUCGUGCAUCAUCGAAGCCUUUGAUAGGGCUAAAAAGAUCUAUGGGAAGGAUGUUGGUGAGGACCUAAAGUGUGCCAUUACAUAUCAGGAGCUUUUGAAUAAAUAUGACAAAAAUAUUUAAUCGGAAUAGUUUUAAACGACAAUAUUUAAUAAAUUAUUAUUAACUCUGUCCAGAUACAAUCUAGACAUGUUUCCUAGCAAAGAAAUAAUAACUUUUACGACGUUUUAGCUUUGCCUAACGAUCGGCAAUGUGAA